AUGGCAAAUAGUGGCGUAGCCGCAGACGAGCUGCCGACGGUUGAGACUCAGAAUCAGAUUUCCGGCUACACCCUCCUCGACCGCAAUGGCAAAGAGAUCUUGUUCCGCGAGGUCUACAGUCAUCCCGAUCGUACCUUGGUUGUCUUCGUCCGGCAUUUCUUCUGUGGGAGUUGUCAAGAAUACCUUCAGCGUCUGUCAACCACCGUGACCCCUGAGGUCCUGUCCGGCUUGCCAGGCAGCACAUCCAUCGCCAUCGUAGGCUGCGGCGAUCCCAGCCUGAUUGAGGAUUACGCUGCGCACACGAGCUGCCCGUACCCCAUGUACUGCGAUCCAUCGCGUAAGCUCUACGAGACUCUAGGGAUGGUCACCACCUGGGAGAUCGGCCCCCAGCCUGGCUACAUCUCCAAAGGACUCCCGCGCCUGGUGGUAGAUGGCAUCUGGCAGGGGCUGAAACACAUAUGGGACGGGAAAAUCCUCAAGGCCGGCGCCGCAGAGCAGCAGGGCGGCGAGUUCCUUUUCGAACGAAGCAACGAUGGUGAAAAGCGCAUCAGCUGGUGCCACCGCAUGCAGGGCUCUUGGGGCCAUACCGAGAUCCCGGCGCUGGUCGACAUUAUCCACGGUCGCAAAGCGGACGAACUGACUACGGCGACAGAAUAG